AUGACAGAUAUUUAUAAACACUGUGAAUGCAAGAACUCAAAGGAGCUCAUUCAAUUGAUUAGAUCAAAUGGCAUAGAAACCAUUGAACUAUCAUGGCCAGAUGAUAUGGGACUUUGGUAUACUACUACUAUCAAAUCUCAUGAAGUUAGUCUUCAAAACCUUGUCGAGGGUAUCAAGUUUGCAACACAAUCACUUUUAGUUGACUCCUCAUCUGCUAGAUUCGAUACAUCAAAGGCUUGUAAAUCAAUCGUUGUAAAGUGUUCAAUUCAAACUACUAUCAAUAACAACAAUAGUAAUAAUAAUAAUAAUAAUAAUAAUAGUACACCUACAUCAAAUAAUAAUAAUAAUAGUAAACAAAAAAAGACAUCGUCAACAACAAGAUUAAAAAAGAAAUCAAAAAAGAAUAAUAAUCAUCAUAAUAUAGAAGAUAUAGAAACAUCAGUAGCAGUACCACCUGAUCUUUUAUUAUCACCACUCACUCCAUACUAUAGUAGCAGUAGUUCAGAUACCUCUGAAACUGAUGAAAUAGAUAGUAGCAGUAAUCAUCAUCAUCAUAAAAAGAAUAAAAAGAUUAAGAAUCAUAAUAAUAAUAAUAAUCAUAAUAAUCACCAUCAUCAUUUAAUAGUCGAUGAGAGUCCAUUAUCAUUUUUGAUUGAUCAAGUUGAAAAUGAAAGAUCAAGAGUAGGUACUCUUCUCCUUGUUCAACAACAACAACAACAACACGAUCAAUAUUUAUCAAGUGAUGAUGAAACCAAUAGUUCCUCCCCUUCAUCACCAUCACCUCGAAAUGACUAUUGUAAUGAUCCAAACUCUCCACCUUUGCACCAACAAUGCCCUGGUUCACCCUCAACUCCUUCAUUGUCCUCAUCAGCAUCCUCUACACCAAUAGUAUCAGGACUUUCUUAUCCCUCUGUCAACAAUAACAAGAGAAAAGAAAGAGAUCAAGAUUGGUUAGAGCUACCAAAGAAUAAAGUAGAUUUGGUUCCGGAUCUAUCCAACGCCUUGGCAGUAGCAAUACAAGUUGUAGCACCCUCUCUUGCUACCACUGCUGCUGCUGGUGAAGCUAGUGGAAUGAGUGACUGUGUUGCAUCAUCCCCUUCUGUUGGAACUGUUCCCAAUACAACAGAGUUCUCAUUAGAUAAUACUGAAAGACUUAUCAUUGAAGGACAAAUACAACUUCCACCUUUACUUAGACCAAGACAAUACCAUGCAUGCAAGGUAAACAAAGAAGAAAAGCUAAAGGACAAGGAAUCAAAGAGAAAAAAGAAUCACACGAUGCUUUGUCGUCACUGUGGUACCAACUCGACACCAGAAUGGAGACGGGGUCCAGAUGGAAGAAAGUCAUUAUGCAAUGCAUGUGGCCUCCACUACUCGAAAACUAUCAAACGUGAAACUAUCAACAAACAACAAGAGAAUAGAACAUUCAAUAUCAUUGAUUUGCUCAAUCCAGUUCUCUAA